CAAUUUAACUUGACAAAUCCAUACAGAAAACGAGAGGCAGCUAAAUUAAAUUCAAUUGUAUAGUAAUAGUUUUAUAAAUUAUUUCGUGAUGAAAUACAUCUCAGUUAGUUUGAUAUUAACUUUAAUAUUUGCUGGAUAUGUUAUUAAUACGAUAUGGACUCUAGCCGAAAUAUUCAUCCCGCCCGAAUGUAGUCGUGGCGAACGAUGUUUUAGUUCCUAUUUAGCUUCAGAUCCAGUCCAGCAUUUAGUUCUUUAUACCUCUGUUAGAGAAAAUCCGCACGACGGUGAUCCUGCCUCAGAAGCGGUGACAAAGGUGCAUACUUCGGUGAAUUUCGACUAUCGGAAUCCGGCUUCUAUUGAUGUCACACUGAAAAUUCCUCGCAAAACUCGCAAUAAUGGCACAUUGUUCAUGCAUGCGGUUCUCCUUGAUGAAGACCGGUUGUACAAGCAGUUUGAUGACAUCCAUAGAACAGAAACAUUGCAUACCUUGCCACUGAUCACAUUUAUUGAGCCACAGGCUGCCACAUUUAAUUUGUUAAAUAAAAAUACUGAAGAGAAAAAACCAAAGGUUCAAAAUGUAAAGCCCAUAGCUCAUAUAAACACCAUAGUUCCUGUGUCUGUGUUAACAGACAAUUUAAAUCUUCCUGUUAACAAAAUACCAGGGGAAUUGUACUCUUACAUAAGGUUACGCCACCGUAAGUUCUUGCCGAUUAUUCAGCACAAUGUUCUGAAAUCUCGACUAUCAAACCUUCAGCCGUUAAACAGCACCAGUUCUGAAGUGAACGUAACUGUCACCGUGUCACCGUCCUCAUAUGGCUCCUUACGUUUGGCCCUACAUGUUCGCUUGGCUCUGGAACAACUACAUAACCUAGGAUUUAGUGACAAAGAUGUUGAUGAUGUUAAGGGGAUCUUUGCUGAUACCAAUCUGUACCUGCUGUCUGCAACACUUUUGAUUGCUAGUUGUCAUUUGCUGUUCGACUUUCUGUCAUUCAAGAACGAUGUGUCAUUCUGGAGAAGCAAGCGCUCCCUGGGAGGACUCUCAACUCGCACCGUGCUAUGGCGCGCGUUCUCGCAGCUGGUCAUCUUCUUCUAUCUGCUGGACGAACACACGUCGCUGCUGGUGCUGGUGCCGGCCGGCGUCAGCGCGGUCAUUGAGCUAUGGAAGGUGACGAAGAUCCUUCACGUGCGCGUCUCCUGGUCGGGCUGGCGGCCCCGCAUAUGGCGCGACGUGGCGGACGCGGCCGAGCGCAGCACCGCCGCCGCCGACGCCGAGGCCAUGAGAUACCUGUCCAUGCUGCUGUACCCGCUGUGUCUCGCCGGCGCGGUCUACUCACUGCUCUACGAGCCCCACAAGAGUUGGUACUCCUGGGCGCUCCACAGCGUCGUGAACGGCGUGUACGCGUUCGGCUUCCUGUUCAUGCUGCCCCAACUGUUCGUCAACUACCGACUACGCUCCGUGGCCGCGCUACCGUGGCGCGCCUUCAUGUACAAGGCGUUCAACACGUUCAUUGACGAUGUGUUUGCUUUCAUUAUUACCAUGCCGACCGCGCAUCGAGUGGCUUGCUUUAGAGAUGAUUUGGUGUUCCUUGUCUACUUGUACCAACGAUGGUUAUACCCGGUGGACAAGUCGCGAACAGACUCCGCCGUCAGUAUGGAUGAGAACCCGGAAGAUUUGCAGCCGCUGAAAGAAAAAGCCGAAUAAGGUUUAUUAGUCCAAAUAGACCGUGAGAUGUUAAAAAAAACUUUUUGAAUUUGGAGAAAUCAUUUUGACCACUGCGCUCUUUAUUCACUGUACUAAUCUAAUUUGUGGUUACAGUGUCUUUCUUUAAUAUAAGAACGCCGUCGAUGGCCAAAAUACUCCAAAUAGGCUUUGUUAACAUCUCACGGACUUAAUAUGUCAUUUUGUAGAAAAGCUAGUUACCUACUGUCCGCGCGCGAAUUCCGUGCACGGCUGAGGAAUGUUAGGAAUGUUGGGCGUCAUGACAGAGUGGUGUCAUUUUGUACGUACGGGCGCGGCGCACACCCUCCCACUUCCUCGACGUCCGAAUGCACGGAAUUGGCGCGCGGACAGUAUUUGGUUAUUCCUAUAAUAUUUGAGACGACUGCUUGGUUAUAUGAGUAAGCGAAACGUACUGUUUAGGUAUUGUUAUUUAUUUGGCAUAUUUGCGGUACGUGUUCAGUCAGCAGCCAAAGUUGGUACGCAAUAUGGGUCAAAAUCCUUUUCGUUGUCUUGUUUUUUGGCGCCAAAAAAUGUGACGGAGUGUAGCUUUUUGUAUGAGAUGAAAUUUAGUUUUUAAUUUUUCGCAAGUAAAAUAUAAUCUAUAGCUACCGAGACAUGUAAUAGCACUCAACUUUUCUAUAAUUUUAUUUGAUAAGAGACGCCAAUACAAGCGUGACAGAGAGGUCAGAAACAAGACACGAAAAUAAUUUUGGCCCAUAUAACAUGCUCAAAAUGAAUAGCACAAGUCGUAUGAUUUUAUUCAUAAACGUUGUGCAAACCUCAAAUAGCUAUAGUUUGUCCUUGUCUGUCACUUUGACAUUUGUGUUUGUUAGAGAGAGACAAGGGUUCCCGGCAAGCUCGGUUCUCCAUACAAACGUAGUUACGCUCUCAUUUUAAAACUAGUAGGUAGUUUGCUCUAAAACUUUGUACUUACAACGGAUAAGGUAUAUCUAUGUCUGUAAUUAGUUUAUGUAGCUUCAGAUAUUAUAGUUAAAAAAAUACAGCGUAUUUAAGUUUUUCAUACAAAACUUGUUUUUGCUCUAUUUCGGUUGUUUUAUGAACUGGAGCUAUAUAAACUAGUUUCAGACCUAGUUAUACCCUAUGUACAAUCCAACACGCAGUUUUAAAAUGAGAACGAAUAGAAACUCCGUUUGUAUGGAGAGGUGAAAUUCGGCCGAGCUUGCCGGGGACUUAACAAACUACUUUAAACUAAUAGAGGCUUGUUAAGUUUUAUGAAUAAGAAGGUUCUUUUGACAAUCUAGUUACGUAUAUAUUUGGAGCACUUUGUGUUGCUACUUUAGUUGCUGACUAUAUUUUAUGGUGUCAGAGACAAUGUAAACUUUUUUAAUUUUGUGCAAAACUAAAAAUGAUUUGAAAAAUGAAAUUAUUAAUUUAAGUUAUGCUUAAAUUAGCUUUAUUUCUCCAAUGAACUGUGAACGAAAAAGAUUUGCGCCAUUACUAUUUCUUUAAUAUGAUUAACUCAUAUAUUAUACUUGAUCACUCGCUAAACUCCUGUAAACAGAACUGUAGAAUAAACUUCUAGUAUUUAGAAAUAUUUUUGAGUAAUAAUUUGAACUAGCGCCUGAGUGGUAUAAGAAAAUUAGGAAGUAAAAUGGUAAAAAUAAUUUAUUGAAAUGCCUAAUGUAUAUUUAUAGUAAACAGCGCAACGAUAUAACUUAAUUAACACUAUAAACGCAUAGAAAACCGGACAAGUGCGAGUCGAACUCGCCCACCGAUGGUUUCGGACUUUUUAGUAUUUGUUGUUAUAGCAGCAACAGAAAUACAUCAUCUGUAAAAAUUUCAACUGUUUAGCUAUCACGGUACAUGAGAUACAGGCUGGUGACAGACAGACGGACAGAGGAGUCUUAGUAAUAGGGUCCCGUUUUAGGGUUCCGUACCCAAAGGGUAAAAACGGGACCCUAUUACUAAGACUCCGCUGUCCGUCCGUCUGUUUGUCCGUCCGUCACCUGGCUGUAUCUCAUGAACCGUGAUAGCUAGACAGUUGAAAUUUUCACAGAUGACGUAUUUCCGUUGCCGCUAUAAGCUAUAACAUAGAGUAACUUAUACUAGAGCAGUACUGUCAUAGUAAAUUUUGUAACCACAGUAAAUUCACUGCCAUCUGUCGACACACUUUAAAACUAAAAAUGAAGAUUUAU